UUUUGUUUUGUGCUCGUCAAUCGGUUUCAUGCAUGGACAUGCGAGCCUGUUACGUGGCAUGGCCGAACCCGUGCGACACUUUGCUUAUUUGUGCGUUUGACCUACGACCUACGCCGAUACAUGCAACACCAUUUGUAGUGUGUGGUAUUGCUUGAGUGGUUGUCCCUGGCCUCGGGCAUCCUCUAGCGCCGCGGACGCGUUCUCACUUUGCGGCAGGUGUAGGCGUCUGAAUGCGACAGAUGGCGAUACAUGUACGGCGGGAGACUUUGAAGGCACCGCUAAGUAUGGCGAACCAUUUGCUCAGAUGGAUGUGACGUUCACGCAAAAACUCUGGGGCACUCUGAGAAGCGUAACGCGGAUCAUCACACCGACCAAUUCAGACGCCUACACAUGGCGUCGCUUGUACACGCAAUGUACAUAAUCUAGUUCGCGCGGGUCAGUCCCCCGUUAACACCGAGCGGUUGCCCAGCGGCUGUUUCUGCCUUGGUGCCCGACCGCUCUUGCAGCACAGUGUUGCAAGCCCCCCGCAGCCCGAUGUGCAGGCUUUUCGGGCUGCGCGAAUCCGAUCCUAGAACUUCUUUAUUACGGUACCUGCCGCCUGCGGACGAGCCGCCAUGGCACUUCGCUCCGACGAGUCUCCUGUGGAUCCAGGAUCGGCUCCGAUCGGCGAAAGCUCCGACACCGCUGGCUGGGGUGUCGGGGGCGAGCUCCGUUCGCCGCGGCAGCUCGGACACCGAUGCCCUGGGUGUCGGGGGCGGCCAGGGGUCGCGCUCCGCUCUCCUGUCGGCCGGAGGCCCUGCGGAUGAGCCGGCCAGGCUCCCGCCGGGGCUGAGCCGACGGCGCCCAGGCUGCCCCUCCGGCAGGUGGGGCCCGAAGGCCACGGUCUGCCCUGCUCUCACAGCCCCUCUUGUGCACGCCGCCGGGGCGAAUUAGUUGAUUCGCGCUCGCACCAUUUUUUCCCCAUGCCAGGAGGCACGCGCUCGCUUCUGUUGGCGAGGAUGCACGAUCGGGGGGGAAGAGGGGAGAAGGAGGGCCAGUCGGGAGCGCCCGCUUCCGUGUGGCUGCGAUCGGUCUCCGCGCGCUCUGCUCUUAGGCUGGCCGAGAUUCGGGGACGCAGCGCGCCACGGAGCUAGUGAGUGAAGGGGGUGGGGGGCGCCCGCGCCCGUCCGCGAAGAACACGGCGCCGGGGCCUGCGCGCCGCCACCCCCGGGCCGGGGUUACAGGCGUGGGCCGGCCCCGGCCCACACUGAGCUCCCGGAGCGCGACCGCGCACGAGGGCAUUCUCCUUGCCUGGGCAGCGGCGAGUUGCCGCCCCGCUCCGGCGAUGGCGGGGCUGGAAGGAGGGGGGGGGG